AUGAGUGGGCCAUGGGCCCUCCUGGCCGCGCUCUGGGCACUGGGGGCCACCAGGGCCACAGCGCUGCGCGUUGGAGCCUUCAACAUCCAGAGCUUUGGCGACAACAAAGUGUCCGACCCAGCCUGUGGUGGUGUCAUCGCACAGAUCCUGGCUGGCUAUGACAUCGCGCUGGUGCAGGAGGUUCGGGACCCAGACCUGAGCGCUGUGUCUGUGCUCAUGGAGCAGAUAAACAGUGUGUCCACGCACAAGUAUGCUUUCGUGAGCAGCGAGCCUCUGGGCCGGGACCAGUACAAGGAGAUGUACCUGUUUGUGUACAGAAAGGAUGAGGUGUCUGUCGUGGACACAUACCAAUACCCUGACCCGCAGGACGCCUUCAGCCGUGAGCCUUUUGUGGUCAAAUUCUCUGCCCCACGCUCUGCUGCCAAGGAGUUGGUGUUGGUUCCUUUGCAUGCAGCACCGCGGAACGCAGUGGCAGAGAUUGAUGCCCUCUACGACGUGUACCUGGAUGUGAUCGACAAGUGGAACACCGAUGACAUCCUGUUCCUGGGUGAUUUCAACGCAGAUUGCAACUACGUGCGGGCGCAGGACUGGACUGCCAUCCGCCUGCGCAGCAGUGAGGUCUUCAAGUGGCUCAUACCGGAUAGCGCUGACACCACGGUGGGCAACUCAGACUGCGCCUAUGACCGCAUCGUGGUCUGCGGUGCGCACCUGCGGCGGAGUCUGAGGCCACAAUCCGCUGCGGUGCACGACUUCCAGGAGGAAUUCGGCCUGGACCAGGCUCAGGCUCUGGCCAUCAGUGACCACUUCCCUGUGGAGGUGACCCUCAAGUCCAGCUGA